AUGCCGCACUGUCUCUCCUUCAGCCCAUCCUCCCCGGAGGGCGACGACCCUCUUCCCCUUCCCCAUCCGCAUCCUCCCCUAGAGCCAGAGGGCGUGGAGGCCUCCUCUUCCAGAAACGCUUCCAAUCCGUCGCCCACCUUUAACCUCAGCCGCGAGUUAGCCCACGCUUUCCAGACCCCCUCUUACCACGACAUACGGUCACAGGUUCACGUCGUUGACCCCCCCACGGCCACCCAACAUCAUCUUCACUUCGACGCUGACCGGACCGAGCUGCUUCUCUCUCAAGUUCUCCAACCAAACAAGGAGUGCGUCCAAGAAGCUCUCAGCCACUCCAAGCCAACCACGCUCACCCAUCUCAUCUCCACUUACUUCCAACACAGCGAGAACGCCACCCGCCUUUGCUUGAAUCUUUACCAAUGCGUCCACAGCGCUCGCCUCCUCUACAAACCCCUCUUUGACCUCUUCCACAUCCUUCCCGCUGAUUCCAUUGACCAGUCCCUCUGUAACUUGGCCUUCGACGUUUUCCUCAAGCUCGACACUUUUGACAACCCUUUCUCAUCUCCUGAAUCCCACAGCUUUCGAGAGACUCAGUUAUGCUUCUCCCAGCUGAAGCACAACCUGGACAGACGUCUCCGUAAGUCUAGGUCACGGGUCCGCCUCCUCCACCACGCCACUGCUGGUCCCUUGUGCAGUCCCUACCUCCCUCAGAGUUUCAAGAACAAGGAGCUAACCAACAUCUCUCAGCUCAAUGCCGCUGCCAAAGGAACUUUUGUGCUCAACAAAGAUCUUGACACCAUCGACCGUCUUGUCUCCCGUUUGCACACGGGGAUCGAAUACGACAAGCUUUUCAUUCGCCUCGGAUUGGAGAGGGGAAGGGACAUGUAUUCAGUCCAGGAGAUUGUGAAACAGCUUCGCAAGAGCCACCUUAACAUCACCCAUCAACUCAAGGAUCUUGAAGAUCAUAUUUGCCUUUGGUUCACCAACGUUAACAAAGCUAGAUUGUUGCUCCUUCAAGAGAUCCAUCUUCCCCGAAUGUAA